UUUUUUUUCUUGGCUUGGGGCUUCGCUUCUAGAUUUUCCUUUUUUAAAUACUCGGUGACUGGGGUUCGGGUACCCCCGCUUCUUCGGACUCCGGAGGACCUUCUUGGCCCCCCCACAUUAAUGAGGCAGCCACCUGGCGAGUCUGACAUGGCUGUCAGCGACGCCCUACUCCCGUCCUUCUCCACGUUCGCGCCCGGCCCGGCGGGAAGGGAGAAGACACUGCGCCCAGCAGGUGCCCCGAAUAACCGCUGGCGGGAGGAGCUCUCCCACAUGAAGCGGCUUCCCCCGGUGCUUCCCGGCCGCCCCUUCGACCUGGCGGCCACCGUGACCACGGACCUGGAGAGUGGCGGAGCCGGCGCGGCGUGCGGCGGAAACAACCCGGCCCUCCUGCCCCGGAGAGAGACCGAGGAGUUCAACGAUCUCCUGGACCUAGACUUUAUUCUUUCCAACUCGCUGUCCCAUCAAGAAGCGGUGGUCCCCACCGUGUCGUCGUCUGCCUCCGCCUCGUCCUCGUCCUCCCCGUCGAGCAGCGGCCCUCCCAGCGCACCUUCCACCUGCAGCUUCAGCUAUCCGCUCCGGGCCGGAGGGGACCCGGGGGUGGCACCGGGCAGCUCCGGCGGCGGCGGCCUCCUCUAUGGCCGGGAACCCGCGCCUCCUCCCACGGCUCCUUUCAACCUGGCGGACAUCAACGACGUGAGCCCCUCGGGCGGCUUCGUGGCCGAGCUCCUGCGGCCCGAAUUGGACCCGGUGUACAUCCCGCCGCAGCAGCAGCAGCCGCCGCCGCCGCCGCCGCCAGGUGGCGGGUUGCUGGGCAAGUUCGUGCUGAAGGCGUCGCUGAGCGCCCCCGGCAGCGAGUACGGCGGCCCGUCGGUCAUCAGUGUUAGCAAAGGCAGCCCGGACGGCAGCCACCCGGUGGUGGUGGCGCCCUACAGCGGCGGGCCGCCGCGCAUGUGCCCCAAGAUCAAGCAGGAGGCCGUGGUCUCCUCGUGCACCGUCGGCCGGCCCCUGGAGGCCCACUUGGGUGCGGGACCCCCGCUCAGCAACGGCCACCGGCCCAGCGCGCACGACUUCUCCCUGGGGCGGCAGCUCCCCAGCAGGACUACCCCGACCCUGAGUCCCGAGGAACUGCUGGCCAACAGGGACUGUCACCCCGCCCUGCCGCUGCCCCCGGGCUUCCAUGCCCACCCGGGGCCCAACUACCCACCCUUCCUGCCUGACCAGAUGCAGCCGCAGGUCCCGCCGCUCCACUACCAAGAGCUCAUGCCACCCGGUUCCUGCCUGCCAGAGGAGCCCAAGCCAAAGAGGGGAAGAAGGUCGUGGCCCCGGAAAAGGACGGCCACCCACACUUGCGAUUACGCGGGCUGCGGCAAAACCUAUACAAAGAGUUCUCAUCUCAAGGCACAUCUCCGAACCCACACAGGUGAGAAACCUUACCACUGUGACUGGGAUGGCUGUGGGUGGAAGUUUGCCCGCUCCGAUGAACUGACCAGGCACUAUCGAAAACACACGGGGCACCGCCCCUUCCAGUGCCAGAAGUGCGACAGGGCCUUUUCGAGGUCGGACCACCUGGCCUUACACAUGAAGAGGCACUUUUAAAACCCAGACAGUGGAUACAUACGACGACCCACACUGCCAGAAGAGAAUUCAGUAUUUUUUUUUUUCAAACCUUUCACGUUGUCUUCCCAUGUGGGGAGAGCUCAGCUGGCAAAGCACUACAAUCAUGGUCACAACAAGUCAGCUUGUGAAAUGGAUAAUCAAGAGAAAGGAGGAAUCCAAAAAAGACAAAAAAAUUAAAAAAUAAAACAAAAAAAAAUCAAAGAACAGAUGGGGUCUGAGACUGGAUCUUCUAUCAUUCCAAUUCUAAAUCAACUUGAAUAUGCCUGGACUUACAAACACCACAAUGGGGGUGACCGGAAGCUGUGGAUAUCAGGGUAUAAAUUAGAUCCCUCAGUUGGGGGGAGGGGGAGUAGGGAAGACCAGAAUUCCCUUGAAUUGUGUUUUCAGAUGCAAUAUAAAUAUACAGAUCACCUUGUAUUCUCUUUGCCUUCUAAAAGCCAUUAUUCAGUUAGAAGAAGAGGAAGAAAUUUCAGGUACAGAAUAUGUGUUCUAAUAGCCUAAAUGAUGGUGCUUGGUGAGUCUUGGUUCUAAAAGUACCAAAAGAGGAAGCCAAAGUUCUCAAACUGCUGCAUACUUUGACAAGGAAUCUAUUUUUGUCUUCCGAUCUACAUGUAUGACCUAAGUCAGGUAAAUUAUGCCUGGUUUACUUUUAACAUUUUUUUUAUGCAGACAGUCUGUUAUGCACUGUGGUUUCAGAUGUGCAAUAAUUUGUACAAUGGUUUAUUCCCAAGUAUGCCUUAAGCAGAACAAAUGUGUUUUUUCUAUAUAGUUCCUUGCCUUAAUAAAUAUGUAACAUAAAUUUAAGCAAACUUCUAUUUUGUAUAUUUGUAAACUACAAAGUAAAAAAAUUGAACAUUU